UAGGUGACAAUAAUAUAACUGUGAGCUUUAAUCCUUUGGUAGACGAGGUUCAGGGUAGAGCCUCUCUUAUAUCAGCCACAGCCCUUGGCAUUCAAAUAGUUCCUGCCAUACUCUCUACUCUGAUAAUAGUAAAUGGAGCGGAUAAGAUAGGACGGAAGAUGCUUUUUAUAAUUCCGGUUUUUGGAUACUUCCUCUACAAUCUAAGCUUCACGCUGAACUGGUAUUACAAGGAGGUGAGCUCCUGGCUACUAACUGCUGAAGCUGUUCAUGAGUGUUUAGGAGGUCGUCAUGUUAUAACAGUUGCUGCUAUUCUUUAUAUCAGUGAUAUAUCAACUCCAGAACACAGAACAUUAAGAAUGAACAUAGUUGGUCUAAUUGAGCUUGUUGCUUCUGCUAUUGGUACAGGAGUAGCCGGUACUCUUCUAACAGCUGAAAACAUACUUGGAAGCCCUGGUCAUGAUGAUAUCUACAAUGGUUUCUACAGUGUAUAUGGAAUCUCUACCUGUCUCUAUAUUAUUGGGAUACUGUAUAUUAUAUUCAUAGUGAAGGAGACAAGAACAAAAGAUAAAAUAACAGAAAAGUUGGCAAUCUCAAAUAUCUUCUCUCCAACUAAGAUUGUUGGGACUUUAAAAUCCGUGUUUAGAAAACGUGAACAUGGAAUUAGAAAAUAUAUUGUUCUUCUGAUUCUGACAUAUAUUCUGAUUGCAAUAAACUAUGGUGGUGUAUAUCUAAGUGGUUCUCUUUGGCUUUAUUAUCAGAAGCUUGGAUGGACUAUAGAUGAAUUUACAACAUUUAUCAGCAUUCACGGUAUUAUGGUCCUGUUCGGCUGCCUGACCGUUGUAAUGUUCCUGAUCAAGAAACAAGUUCAUGACAUGACCUUGGGGUUCGUCGGUGAAGUGUGCGCAAUAUGUUCGAUGCUUGUCUACGUGUUCACCCCCUACGGGAACCACUGGGUUCCCUACCUCUCUAUUAUCUUCAGCCUGGUCACUGGUGUCGUUGGAACAGUUUGCAAAUCUCAGCUCUCUAAGAUUGUGCCAUCGGAUGAGAUCUCUAACGUAAUGGCCAUCUUCGGUAUGUUGAUACCUGUCACCACCAUCGGGCCGCCAAUCUUUAACCUCGUGUAUAAAUGGAGUCUGGAUCUUGCCGCGUGUAAUUCUGUGGAGCGCGGGGAGAAGGAUUGGUGUUCAGCUGUUUUUAUUGGGUUUGGAUCAAGCUUACUCUUCAUUAAUGCCGCCAUUUUUGGUUACUUGAGGGUAUCAAUCGGUAGAAAUAAAUAAGAUAUAUGUUUAAUCAUAUUAAUCAAAUGAUAAUGUAAAUCAAUUCUUUUUAUUUUUUAAUUCUUUUCACAAAUAUGCAUAAAAAAGUGUUAUCAAAA